AAUUCCGAAGUUCCGGGUUCCGGACGUCCGAUACUAUUUAACAGACACCUUACAAGAGACAUUUUCUAGUUUGAUUCCAUGUUCACAAUAUAGCUAUUAUUCGUGUAUCUAUUGAAAGGUCGUCCUUAACAACAUGAAACCAUCCGUCGCUGCUUUCAUACAUGGUCGUGUAUAUACCGUGAAUGACAGGCAGCCAUGGGCCGAAGCCUUUAUUGUUUCCGCAUCAGGGCGUUUCGAUGCAGUUGGAACCAACCGAGAGAUUCAAAAGCUGGCCAAAGAGCAAGGCCUACCCAUCCAUGAUCUGGGAAAUACCUUCGUCAUGCCAGGAAUCCACGACGCACAUACGCAUCUCCUGGUAGCCUCAAUGCAGAAAAUGAGCGAAGUUAGCAUUGGAUCAGACAGCACCGCUGCCACCAUCGCUGAGAACAUCAAGAACGGACAGGCAACCUGUGCCUGCACACAUGCUCAUAUCAGAGGAGAUUGGCUUAUUGCAAACUUCUACGCAGGACAGAAUUUUCCGGACGGGAAGAUGGAUCGGAAGUAUCUAGACGAUGGCUUUCCUGAGCAGCCAGUGCUUGUUCGAGAUGUCUCUUGCCACAAUGUGGCCCUCAAUACCGCAGCUCUCAGGCGUGUUGGGUAUGGCGCUGAUGUUGAAGAUCCCCCCGGGGGAAAGUACAUGCGUAGGCCGGAUGGUCAGUUGACCGGGGAAUUAGUGGAAGCAGCAUCAGCUGAGGUCUUGGCCAGCUUGCCUCAGCCACCGGUCUCGUUUGUGAAGGAAGCUCUUAUCUAUGGAAUCAAUAUAUCUCACAAGUUCGGCAUCACUUCGUUACAGGAGGCGUCUGCAAAUACCCUCUAUCUUCAGGCCCUUCGAGAGCUGGACAGUGAAGGACGACUGGACAUGCAGAUCUUCCCUCACAUUGUUCAUGCACCAGAGAGCUUUGCUCAGGAGAAAUCCGAGAGCCUGCAUCGACUCAUCGAUGAUGCUGAUGCUUUUUGCAGUCAGCACGUUGAUGCACGAUUUGUGAAGUUUUGGAUGGAUGGGGCGCCCAUACCGCCUCACUUCACGCAGUGCGAUAUUGGAGCGGAUGGGCUUCCCAACGAGGACAGGCUACUGCUUACUUUCGACGAGUUGUUUGCCGCUUUGACCAAACAUGAUGCGAGGGGAUUGACAUGCAAGAUUCACUGUGCCGGUGACGGCUCUGUAAGGCGAGCACUGGAUGUUCUAGAGCGAGUUCGACAGUCGAAUCCUUCAGGUCCAGUGCACGAGCUGGCACAUUGCAACGCCAUUCAUCAAGAUGAUAUUCUCCGAAUGGCAGAAUUACGAAUCACGGCCGAAAUGUCACCCGCGAUAUUUCAUGACACAAAUCUCACAUCCAACUAUCCCCAUAUCUUCAAAUGGCCGUUCAAGGAGCUCCAGGAUACUGGUGUCCAUGUCACAGUAGGCUCUGACUGGUUCUUGACCGAUACACCAGACCUAUUCCCAGCCCUGUCGGCCGUCGUGGAGCGCUUUGGUACGCAGGAGGGCAAGACGGCGAAAGAGGUUGGAGGUGCAAAGAUCUGUCGCGUCAUAACGCUAGCGGGGGCUGAGGCGGUAGGCAAGGCUUCGGAGAUGGGAAGUAUUGAGCCAGGAAAGAAGGCGAAUUUCAUUGCGGUUGAUCAAGACUUGAGUCGUGGUGAGUUUAGUGGAGCGAAAGUGCUGAAGACAUGGUUUGAAGGAAGGAUGGUUUGGGAAGACACAAACAAUGAGGCAUCUAUUUAG